AUGACCGGGAGCGGGUGGACGGCAGGCGGGGACUGCUCGCUACCGUAUAGCAGCGUCAAGUGCAAUGCAGAGGGAAUGGUCACGAGCCUCUCCGCCUUUCAAUUCAAGUGCGUCUCUCUCUUCCUACACGUCUCCUUGUCUGCUGGCCUACGCGCCGUCCCUUCUGCUUCCCACCAUGGCCGCAGGAACUUUUUAGAGUUGAAUCUGAACGGAUCCAUUCCCACCAGCAUCACCAACCUCACCGCACUCACUUUCUUCAAGUUGGAAUAUUCAAAUGUCCACGGGCCCGUGCCAACUGCCCUUUCUCGCCUCACUCGACUUGCUGAACUCACCCUACAUAGGAACAACUUGACCGGACCCAUUUCCGUCCUGCAUCACUUCAGCCUUCUCACCCACCUUGACCUCUCUGUUACUAACUUCUACGGGCCCAUCCCCUCUUCCAUCUCACGACUCUCUUCACUUCAGCACAUGGACCUUGCAGCAACCAAGAUUUCGGGACCCAUUCCUUCCACCGUCUCAGCACUCCAUAAACCUGGACAUUUGAUGCUAUCCAACAUCAGCAUUUCGGGGUCCAUCCCCUCUACCAUCUCCAGCCUCUCCUCUCUCACCUACUUGUCAGCGCUCUCCUCUCUCACCUACUUGUCAGCGCUCUCCUCUCUCACCUACUUGUCAGCGCUCUCCUCUCGCCCAUCCCUGCCCAAAAUUGUGUUGUGUUGUGCCAAAGCCUGCCUUUGGGUUCUGCUCGGCUGA